UCUCAUGCACUUCCCAAUUUCAAGUGCAACACCAAUAUUCUGACCCUGGCAUUUAUAAUCUGUCAGUGGUUCUGUCUAAUUCUGUAAGUUCUGCCACAGAAGCCAGUAAUGUUGUAGUCGAAGAAAUCAUAACUGGUAUCCAAGUAUAUCUCAGGACUCCAACUGUGAUCAGAGUGUUUGAUUUUAUUAAUGCCACAGCAUCUGUGAAGUCGGGCAGUGAUGUUACCUUUGAGUGGCAAGUUUUGAAUUCAUCUCCUGCAGGAAGCUACUACUUUAUUGACAGGAACACCAGUUUUAGCUAUUUGAGCUUUCUGACACUAAAUCCAGGAAACUAUGUUGUUACAGUGAACAUUUCAAAUCCUUUUUAUAAGGCUCCAUUUACCAGAGUGUUACCAAAUCCUGUGAAAGUCUGUGGACCUAUUCAAAGCAUACAAGCGGAGUUUCCCCUUGGAGUUAAUUAUGCAGAGUUAAUUAAACAACACGAUGGGACAUAUGCAACUCCAUGGCUGAGCUUCACUGUUUAUUCUCACUUGGAAGACGUUAGCUUUCUUUAUAAUUUUGAUGAUGGAACUCUAGUGUCAAAUGUUAAUAGAAGUAGGAAGGAUGUUGGUGGAAUCUCUGCAUCAUGCUACCAUAGCUUUAAACUAGCUGGUGUUUUCAGAAUAAGAAUUACUGUGUACAAUGAGUUUUUCAAUGCUACUAAGGAACUUGGUCCCUAUUAUGUGGAAAUAUUACCAAAAGGCCUGUCUAUCUAUGUAAAUUGCAGUGUAGUUCAUAAAAAUGAUAUAGUUUUGUUCAAUGCAACAGUAAAAGAAGGAACCAAUGUAUCUUAUACCUGGAAAAUGGAUGAUCAAACAACUUAUGUCAACAAAGGCCCAGUUAUUUUGCACCGGUUUUUGACAUCAUCAGUAUAUAAUGUGAGUGCAAUUGCUCAAAAUCGUGUGGGAACUGCAAUUUCCAGCACAAGCAUUUCAGUUCUUUACAGAAUGCAACCUGUUUAUGUAUAUAGCAACCAGACAAUUUAUGCUACAGAUACAGAUAUAAUCUUUCAAGCGGUGACCAAUGAAAGAGGCUCUUUGAACUUUGUUUGGUAUUUUGGUGAUAAACCUCCACAGCAAACAUCUUCUCCUACAAUAAAAACACAGUAUUCAACUGCAAAUAGGUAUAAUGUGUUUGUUACUGCCUCAAAUAAUCUAAGCUCCUUCACAUCAGACAUCUAUCCCAUCACAAUAGAAAAAAAAAUUAGCCUUAACCGGCUCUUAUUUAAUGCCUCUGUGUUGGUGAACUGCAGUGUAGUCAUGGAUUGCCGAAUUAAUGCUGCAUCCAAUGCUUCAUUUCUCUGGAAUUUUGGAGAUGGUACAGUCCGAACUGGUAAAACCAUAGAAAAUCACACUUAUAAAAGGGAAGGCGAAUUCACAGUGGAAGUGACUGUGUUUAACCACAUCAGUUCUGCAUCACUUUCAAAGCAGAUCUUUGUAUUAAGUGCACCUUGUCAACCUCCUCCAGUUAAAAAUAUGGGACCUUCUAAAGUUCAGGUGAGACGAUAUCAGAACUUGGUACUAGGGGUGACUUUUGAAGCUGAUAUCCAGUGUAGCACAUUCCGUGGCAUAACUUACAAGUGGAACCUGUAUGAUUCAAGUGGAGUUUCAGUAACAUUUUUGCAGAUUGACACCAAUAAACAGACUAUUGAAAUCCCUAAACAUUUUCUUUCAUAUGGAAACUAUACAGCUGUUGCAAAGGUCCAAGUAAUAGGAUCUGUGGUAUACAGUAACUACACUGUACCCAUUGAAGUGCUGCCAACGUCUCCUGUCAGUGUGAUUAGAGGUGGUACAAAUGUAUUUUUUUCAAAAAAUAAUGACUCCUUAAUAACUUUGGAUGGGCGUGACUCCUAUGAUCCUGAUUACCCGGAAAACAGAAUAAGCUUCAUCUGGACUUGCAUGCCAGUUAGCAGAAUAUCUUCAGGAUGCUUUGACAAAAGUAUUAUUUUGAAUCUGGCAGUGGUCACGUUCACAGCAUCUUCACUUAAAAGUGAUUUUGACCAGUUCCAAUUCACUUUGAGGGUAAAUAGUGGAAGCCGGUCAUCAACAUCAGAUGUUUUUGUGAAUUUCCAGAAAAAUAUACAAAUAGAACUUGGCAUAUCUUGUGCUAAAUGUAAGGGGAACACUAUCAACUGGAAUGAGAGGUUUUCAGUUACUGCAGAAUGUGGCAUAUGUAAGAAUAUUUUAAACCAUACCUUGGUUUGGAGUAUGUACUUGGUAAAUGCUUCCAGUACACCAAAUGUCGAAGUUCCCUUUUGCAAAGUGCUCGACACCAACAGUCCAUCAAGUUUGUAUCAGAGCAUCUUUGUUUCGGCCCCAAAGGAGUCACCUAGUCAAGCAUCCUCAUUUUAUUCAAGCAGUUCAGUUUCGACAUCUAACAUAGUCCCUGCAACAUCAAGUCUUGCUUCAGCUGAUGAAACUCUGGAAAGAAGCACUACUGCAUUUCCUGUCAACCAACGUGUUUUGUCUGGAAUAACAUUCAGUGACUUAUUUGCAAGUCAGGCUAUGUUCCCUUUAUUAGAAGACAAAACCACCUCAAAGCAAGCCACAACAUCCAAGGAUCUUUAUGACCUUCCCAUCUUAAUAAUGGAGGGUCCAGCUUCAGGCGGAAGGUCAAGGCGGAAGAGAUCCAAUGCAGUUAGCCCCACCAGCACAGCAAUAAGAGGUGUCACUGCUGUAGAUGCAUCAACUAAGGACACUUCCACUGCUUUGGUUGCUAAAGAAAAUGGGAACCCUAAAGAUAGCCUUUUAAGUAUCAGCAUUUCGGGCACAAUUCUAGAGGAGCUAUCACCUGAAAUGGGGGAAUUUCCAAUUGUUAGUGAAGGAGCUUCAAUUACGACCAUAAGUGUAAUCUCCAGUUCCAAUAGGAUAAGGCUUAAUGAAGAAAAAGUUAGCAACCUUGUAAAUCAAACACUGAGUGUCAACAUAACAGAUCCUUAUGACUUUUACAAAGGAAUUGAAGAAGGAGGAGGAAAUUAUGACAGGCCUACAGGUGGAAGUUUUAAUAAUGCUAAUAGUGAACCCAUAUAUGAUUCAAGUAAAGGAGGAGGAAGCAACCUUAUAGAUAACAGCAAUAACCUAUCUGUUGGUCCUCUUACUUCUACUCUGCUUGACUUAGACAGGAGACAGAUUGAUGAUAAUUUGUUUACUGUGUCUGGAGAGUCAUCUUUAAGUAUUACUUUUCAACCAUUUACACUUCAACCAGGAAUGCUUUACUUGAUAGAACUUUCUGCAGAUUUAGACCAACAGCAACUUGGUAAAACUCAACUCUUCUUUUUUACAAAUGAAGCUCCCCAAGGUAUGACAUGCCUUUUGCAGCCUAAGAAAGGAUUUGAGAUUUACACCGACUUUAGUAUAUUUUGCACAUCUGGGAAGGAGGAUCUCUCAUAUAAAUACAGUUAUCAAGUUGGAAAUAAUUCUAAGACCAUUUUGUAUCAAGGAAGAGAUAUCCAGUACUAUUUUAACCUUCCUGCUGGGGACCCAUCUGAUAAUUAUAAAGUAACUAUUUACAUAGAAAUCGGCAAUAGAUUUGGUUCAACAACAAGCCCUUGUCCAGCAGUUGUGACUGUCCUGCCCAGUUUUCUGAGAAAUGAGACUUCAAGCUACAACCCGGAUGCUGAACUGUAUUAUUUAGUCAUGAGGAAUCUAUCAUCCCAUUUGCUAAUACAAAAUGAUUUAGAAACGAGAAACUAUAUAAUUCUUUUAACAAAUGUUCUUAAUCGCUUGAGUCAGGAUCAAAGGGGAGAUAGAGAUCUACACAUUCAAGUACAAAAGGCCUUAAUUUCUGCAGUUUGUGGACUAAAUGUGAAUUCUCAGGCAGAACUACUUGAAAACCUUAACUUAUUACAGAAACUCCUGAGCACCCGUCAACAGAUAAUAUCCAUUGCAAAAACUGUUGUGUUAUAUAUAAAAAGCCUGACACAACACUUUCUUCCAUCUGAUUCAACAAAGACGUUUGAGUUAGAUGAGCAAACAUUAAGAAUUCUGAUUUCAAUGAUUUCUAAAUCACUAAUGGUAAGGAAUAAUGGCACAGAAGAAAGCAUGCAGAUGUUAACUGAUGGAAUUAGAACUACUACAGAACUGCUACUGAUUUAUACUCUGUCCAACAACAGAACCAAUGUUAAAUUAAUUACUGAUUUUAUGGAGCUUGAAACAUUCCAGUCUGAAGAUUUCCAAAACAUUGUAAGGAGAGCUGGUUCCAUCACUUUUUAUCUGCCUGUCAGUUUAUCAUCUCUAGCUGUCCUUAAUGAAAACUGCAUUAUCAGUCAAGUCAUAUUCAUUAAGGGAAACCCAUACAGCUGGGGUCAAUCAUCAGUGAAGAUCAAUGAAAAUGUUGCCGACUUAACUCUGUACAACUGCAAAACCAGAAGAAAAAUUGAUGUGAAUGGAUUAACAUCACCUGUCAUUAUAGAGUUUCAAAAAAAUGAAAUCAAUGAGACAAGUGAAUUGAAUUUUUCACUACUUCAGGACAAAAUGAACAUUCAUCAGUUUAAUGUGACAUCAGAUAAACAAACAGAAUAUCUUCAAAUUACCCUGAAUUUCACCAGACCUCCUGAACGAGUAUUCCCCAUCAUGAUUUUGUACAGAAAGUUUGAGAAACCAACUCCUCGAUUGUACAACUUUCAGCAAGUCUUCCAGUGGAAGGGCAACACUGUUCAGCUUUUUUUAUCUCCUGAUUCACUCAAUGCUAAGGGAAGUUAUUACCUUGCACUUCUAAGUGCUAACUAUGACAGGAAACCCACUAACAAAUAUACUGCUUCUGCAGUAAGCUACUCUCUUAGUAUUCAGUGGAUUAGUUGCCUGUAUUGGGACAAUGUUAAGGAGUGGAAGACUGAUGGCUGCUUGCCUAUGCAAAGCUUAUCAUCAAGUAAACUAAACUGCAGUUGCCACCAUUUAACAGCUUUUUCGAUGUCAAGUCGUGACGCAAGAAACUGUUUUGAAUCCAUCAAUAUGAGUCCAUUUCAAAGCCAACCAGAUAACCUGGUUCCAUGCAUUGUGAUAUUUUUUACUCUGAUCAUCUACAUACCCCUUGCUUUCCUCUGCAAACGGUUUGACAUCCAAAACGAAAAGAAACGUGCUCCAGUAUACCUGCAAGAUAACAACCCUUCAGACAAGCAGCUGUAUGCAAUUUGCAUUGAUACUGGCUUCCGGUCAAGGACAUACACCACAGCAAAGAUCUGUAUUGUGUUGCAUGGUGAAGAUGGUGUCUCCGAGACCAGAGAGCUGCACUGUCCACAGAAGACCUUGUUUGAAAGAAACUCAAGAGAUAUAUUUAUCAUGAGCACUCCAUAUACCUUGGGCCCAAUAUGGAGAAUUCAGCUUUGGCACAACAAUGGUGGUCAUUCUCCUAGCUGGUACUUGAGCCAUGUGAUUGUCAAGGACUUGACAGAUGGUACAUGUUGGUUCUUUAUGGCUGAAACUUGGCUGGCAGUGGAUGAGGGGGAUGGUAAGGUGGAACGAGAUCUUACACCCCUUAGGAAAUGCCCAGGAUUUAAAAAGGUUUUGUACUGUAAACUGACAGAAUUCUUAGAAGAUUUCCAUAUCUGGGCAUCUGUUUAUAGUCGUCCAUCUCACAGCCACUUCUCCCAUUCACAGCGUCUUGCUGUGUGUCUGUUUCUGUUUUUAGGUUAUAUGACUUUAAACUCUGUCAUACUGUUCUUAAAGGAUGAAGAGUACUCGGCUGAGUUGGGCCUAAUCAAUACCUCCACAUUUUCUCUGAUUACUGGUUGUUUCAGUGUUAUUGCUGUGCUGCCUGUUGGACUUCUGUUGUCUCUACUUUUCCGAUUCAGCAAGGUAAAAUUCAGCAAGGAGUCACCUGUGGAACAGCUGUCCUCUACAGAAGCAUCAGCUAUCUACAAUGUAGAAGUUCAUAGGAAUUCGGUUAUAUUGCAAGAUGGUACAUUUGAAUCCUAUCUCUCAUGGCAAAAUUUACAGAUGUGGGCAGAAGAAGCUUGGAAAAAAAAGUUUGAGCAUGGCCUUUCUGAACAUGAAUCUCAUGUGUAUAGCAAAACAUUUAGGAAGGAAAGAGGUCUUUACUCUUCUGAUGACUGUUCCAGUGGCUUUGAAGACUGUAGCUUACCAGAAAAUAAAGUUCCAGCCAUUAUCUCUAGUAAUGACCUCUGUUCAGUCUAUUCUUCUGAACAUGGAAGCCUUUAUGAGCAGCCAGUUUUUAGUGACAAUAAAACCUUCCUUCCAUAUUGGUGUCAAUAUGCAGCAUGGUCUAUUUGCAUACUGUUAUCUGUAAUAUGCAUUGUGGUCACUGUGUGCGUGGGACUGACGUUUAAUUUGACCAAAUGUAUUUGUUGGAUACAUUCUUUAUUUUUUUCACUGCUGUUUUGCAUUUUUGUUCUCCAGCCUAUUCUGAUCUUUAUAACUGCAGUGGCAGUGACUCUGAAAUGUAAGGAUAUCAGUAGUAUUUAUGUGGGCUUCCAUAAGACUAACCCCAAUUUUGAAUCUAGAAAAUGGCAGCCCUCUAAAGAUUCUUGCCAGUCUAAAAAGUGUUUGCCCACAUUUGACCACAAGCAACUUGCAUCAUCCUUGGAUUAUGACAAGCUCAUAGCUGCACGUCAGAGAUCACGAUACCUUCGUCUUGUUCGACCACCAUCCCAUCUACAACUAAAAGAAGCACGAGAAAGAAUACGGAAAGAAGCACUAAUACAGCAAACACUCAGAAAGAUUAUACUUCAUACACUACUGCUGCUGCUGCUCUUGUUUAUAACUUAUGGGAGAUUUUCCACCAAUCAACAUCUUGUAAAUAGGUCAAUUCAUCAUAAUUUCAUAAGAAAUGCAAAGAUACCAUUCACUGAGCUGAACAACACUAAGGACUGGUGGAACUGGAGCUUGACAUCUUUAAUUAAUGGACUGUGUUAUGAUUCCUUCUGCAAGAAUGCUGUUACCAACAUAGAGGCAGUACCGGCUAGAGGAUUGUUUAAGUUGAUUGGUGAACCAGUGCUUUGGAAAAUUCAUGCAUUUGAUAAAACUGACUGCAAUAUUUUACGUGUUUAUAAAGACUUCAGUUUCUCUCGUGUUCCCCCUGAUAAUUCAACUAUCUACAAUACAAGAAAGCAGACUUUUGUAGGAAUAUUUAACCUCUGUGGUCAGAUUGAAUGCUACAAUGAAAGAAAAACUGCGCUGACAUUAGGGAGAACAAGAACUGAAAUGAUUGACAUAUUGACACAACUGAAGUCUGUCGGCUGGUUGGACAAAAACACCAAGGCAGUCGUGGUCCAGUUCACUCUUUAUAAUCCUCCUAGUAAUUUGUUUACCACUGUAUCAUUUUUAAUGGAGAUCUCAGCAGGGACUGUCUUUUCUUCUACAUUAAUAGAAUCAGCCAAUGUGUAUCAAAUCAUCUCAAUUUUUGACUACUUGAUCAUGGCUUUUGAGCUUCUUUUUUUGAUUUUGAUUUUUCUUCAACUUUAUUUUCAAAUAUGUACAAUGAUUAUACAAGGAUUUAUCGUUUACUGGCAAGAAUCAUGGAAUUGGCUGGAGAUGGUGAUCAUUGUUACUGGCCUUUUCCGUUUCCUUUAUUACAUUUAUCAAUUUCAUUUGGUGAUGGAAGUAAUUGAUGAACUUCAGAAGCAAAACUUUAUGACAUUUAUUGAUAUUAGAAUUUUAUCCUAUGUGGAGCAACUCACCCGUUCCCUUCAGGGUAUAGUUAUAUUCCUGUUGCUUGUCAAAUAUAUUCAUAUGUUUCGAGUUAAUAAAGUGAUGGGUACAUGCGUGGCAAGGUUACGUCUUUCUAGCUUCAAUACAGUAAUCUCUGUGUUAACAGGCCUUAUCAUCAUCAUUGCAUACACCUGCCUUGGAAAUUUACUUUUCAUGACUACAUUCCAUCCAUUCAGUACAACUAAGAGGUCAUUCCAGACUUUGCUCUCACAGUUCCUUGGAGCUUGUGAACUGAAGACUUUGUCCUCUUUAUAUCAUACAAACCAGCUAUCUUUAGCUAUUUUCAGUGGAACGUUUUUCUUCUUCAUCACAAUUUUUUGGACUGCAAUGAUAAUUGGAACUUUUACUUCAUUUUCUCAUGAUGCCAAGAAGUCUUCUAGAAGCAAACAUUUUAUCACUUUCAAAGAGGUUGUGAUUUAUGCCAGAGAGAGAUUUUUUAAUUAUGUUAGUGGAAGAGGACAAAAGUUAUUUGACAAUUUUUCCAUAAUGAAUAACAACUAUUACCUGGAUGAAUUUGAGACCCUGAUGGACGAACUGCUCUUUAGACUAAAUUCUUUAUCAAACAGCUUAUAUCAUUUUCUCCCUGCGAAGCAGAGAUUUUACCUAGAAGAAGACAGCACCAUAACAUAUCAGUCAGACUGCUACUUCACCCAGGACUCUGAGAAUUCACUUUUAAAUGGAGACUGUUUUGAAACACCAUUCCAUAACAUUCAGCAGGACAUGUUGAGAGACCAUCUGCAAUUGUAUGAUUUGUUUAUGCAAAGUGCAAGUUGUCUAAAUCACAGCUUAAUGGAUGAAAGAGUCAGAUUGGAAAUGGAGGAGGCUGCUUUUCAUCAUCUGCAGAUGAACAAACUUUCCAGGGCAGUCUUAGGUUACUCAUCACUCAAUAAUCUAGGUCAAGCUCAGUCGCAAAAUGCAUUGGAUUCUUCAUCAAGCACCACAAAACAUCAAAGUCUUAUAGAAGCAGCCUCACAAAGUUUAGCCAAUUUGAAUUCAUGUGAAGUGGCACACCAGACCCAGAAUCUAAAUUCCAACCUUGCAGUAAAUCAUGAAUUAUAUAAUCUUACUAAACUUGGCAGUGCAUUUCCACAUAUUUUAUGUGGACGCAAAUGCUCAGAGAAAGCGUUCUUGAUGCCGACAAUGCAGCAGCCCAUUUCUGCUGGUCUUACCACCAAGGGCCGUAAACUAUUGAGAAGAUCCCAGGCUACAGUAAUAAACCCUUUGGAAAUCCAGAGAGAUCUGACAAAGGGCAUAGCUGAAAAUAAUAGUAAAUUCACCAGGAAUUCAGAAAAAAAGAAGGGCUUGAUAAACAAAACCAUUGUCAACAAUACUGAUUUUUCAUCAGUUGGAAGCAAAAGAAAACAUCAAGGAGGUGAAGAAACUGUAAUAUCUAAAACAGAAUAUAAGGAGCAAAAAAUUGAAAAUGAAACUUGCCGAAUUUCAGCUUUAAAUGAUAAGAGAGACACUUGUAUGCAGAAAGAUCACUUGGAUCUGCCAGGGUCAAUAAGACCCUGCUGGUGACAGAAUGAGUGGCCAGUUUGAUUUAACUGAACUUUUUGAAAAAGUUAUUAUAAAAAAAAAAAACCACAAGAUUAUUAGUGAGAUGGUAUAGACUCUUUCAAUUUCUGUAAGUAACAGUUUAAUUUCAUUUGAAAAAGAAAAUCCCAAAAAUACAAAACACAAUAGGACUCAUCAUUCUUAUGUGUAAAAUUGGGUUUUACCCUCUGAUUCAGCAUAUUUUAGCGAACAAUUGUAUAAAAAUGUUUCUUGUUUAUAUGAAAAUUGCAGCAUGUAUUAGUAUAACUGAAAAUCGAAAUUGAAAAAUACUUGUAAUAUUUCAAUUUAGUGUUUAUCUGAACACAUACUACAAUUAUCAUUUCUGGUGUUAAAAUUAAGACUAAAAAAUGUAAACUAAUGGUGAAGCUAAUUAAAGUGUAAAUUGAAUUGCCAUUAUGCUGUGUUCAAUUUA